UUCUUAUUAAUUUAAUAAUUUUUAAAUGAUUCUCAGUUAAAUUUAUUCUCAUUGUAUACUCAUUGCAUCUUCAAUUCUUAGCAGUAACUAUGUCUCGAGUAUAAUAAAACGCAAAGAUAUUUCUCUCUCUCUCUCUCUCUCUCUCUCUCUCGUACCCAUGUAUUCGCGGUCUAUCUUCCGCCCGCCACUGGUAUCGUUACCCCCACUCUUAUUACUCUCCUCCUUUUCUCUCUCUCUCUCUCUCAAUCUCUCUCUCUCUUUCACUUUUUCUCUCUUUCUCUUUUUCAUUUUAUCUCUCUCACUCGCUUGCCUCUCGUCACAGCGUAUAGUUCGACGAGGCGCGCGCGCGCGAGCGGACGAGCGAGAGCGGUCGGUUCGCACAGUGCGCGCUGGCAGCGCGCACACGCGCGCGCUCAGUGAUCGCGAUUCGCGACAUCCCGCGGGACUGGGAGUCGUCCGCCGGCAGCUGCGGCCAAUAAUCUUUAACUUUUCUUUUCUUUUGUUUUUUUCUUAAUUUAUUUUUUCCCCCUAUUCUUUUUUCUUUUUGUUUUUUCUUUUCCAUUUUUUUUCCUUCCGUUCUCUCGUCGCGGGCGCGCGUGCGCGAGCGCGCAUUCCCCCCUCCCUUUUUUGGUUUCUCUGUUUCCCUGUGUUCCUUUGAUUCUUUUUUUUUUGUCUUUUCAUAUUUUUUUCCUCCCCUCCAAUUUUUCUCCUUGUUUCGUUCUAAUACGCGUCUUCGUUUUUUCGUUUUUUUGUUUUCUUUUUUUGGUUUUGUUUUUUUUCUCUUCUCGAAAGAAUUUUUCGAGGUUAAAUUACGCUUUGUUGUUCGGUUAAAAGAAAAGAAAAGAAAAGAAAAGAAAAGAAAAGAAAAGAAGAGGAAAAGAAAAGAAAAGAAAACAAAAGACAAAAUCGACGCCAUGUUGUUGAUGUGCGACAGAGGAGGAUAAUAUACAAAAUUGAAGAGCGAGAGUGGGAGAGGGAGGCAGAGAGAGAGAGAGAGAGAGAGAGAGACAGACAGAAAAAAAAAGUAAGAAGAUGAAGAGAGAGAUGGAAUGAUCAUUUUCGAAAGGAGGAAACGCCGCGUGUUAAAGAGAGAGAGAGAGAGAGAGAGAGAGAGAGAAAGAGAUAUAUCGAGUUAUAACCUUGUUUACGAAGAAAGAAAGUGUAUCUACGAGAAAACGAGCUUUGUAAAGUAAAGUGGGGGGGAGGGGAAGGAGAAACAAAAAGGAAAAGAAAAAAGAGAAACAAAAAGAAAGAAAGAAACAAAGAAAAGGAAGAAAAACCGAGAAUCUUACCCUCCCCCCUCCUCCAUCCCCAUCGUGCACCAACGUCGUCCUCCUCUCUGACCCCAUUUCCUUCUCCCCACCCUGUACCAUCCGUUUUUCUUUCUUCUUUUCUUCUUCUUUCCUUUUUCGAUCUCUCCUUCUGUUAGAAUGGACGAAUCUGGAAUCGACAUGGGAUUCGAUCUCGCCGCCCUUACCGAUAUCGACACAACGAAUGAUCAACACGGAUUUGGUGAGGACGAUUUCGAACAGGCAUUAUCCCUACUCUCGACCACUACGAAAGAUUUUAUGUAUUACGAGUUGAAGAGCCGCGCUCCGGACACCGGCAGUCCACCGACAUUCAAAACCGCGACACCGACUUCGCGAACGCAAUUGAAGCUGCAGCUGAUGCGAGAGCAGCUGCAGGAACAAGAGAGACGAGAAGCUGAGUUUCGACAAAGCUUACAACAACAGAGACCAGCAGCUGCACAUCCCAGGCCUGUACCUCCUACGCCUUUGUCAACCAUUGGCGUAGACGUACCACCACAAGUUUUACAAGUGCGUACAUUGUUGGAGAAUCCAACGAGGUAUCACGUCGUACAAAAACAGAAGAAUCAAGUAAGACAAUACCUUCAAGAAUCUUUUCGUGGUGUGGAUUGUGGUAAUGGAGUAAAUGCCGUACUUGGUAGUACUGGUAACGAUAGCAGUGCUGGAGGAACACCAGUUGAUAUUGGAAGAGUAGCAUCAUCAACGGCACCAUCACUUCCACCGGCACCGGUUUUACCAAUGGUCGUGCACAGUGCACCACCAGGACCGGCGGUUCAUCAUCAGAAACCGCAGCAUCCUCAUCUAGCUUCGUAUCCACGUGCACCGGGACUUUUGUCUCAUGGUAAUCCGGUCUCUGCUAGUCCCGAUCCCACUACAGGUGCAAUGUCCCCAGGACUAUCUAGCGUAGCUACCAGUAAUUCUGAGGCGGAAGACCUCCUGGACGAUAUCCUGUCGUUCGAGGCUGGAUCCUUGGGCGACGGAUUAAAGGACGGGCAUGCUGGUAGUCUUUCGAAUUUGCCCGAUCUUCAAAUUAAACCUGAACCUCUUUUGCUCACAGAAGCGGAGAUUCAUGCCUUGGCGAAGGAUCGACAGAAAAAGGAUAAUCAUAAUAUGAUCGAACGACGAAGGCGUUUUAACAUCAACGACAGGAUCAAGGAGCUUGGCACUCUCCUCCCUAAGACCAAUGACCCAUAUUACGAAAUUGUACGAGACGUUAGGCCAAACAAAGGAACUAUCCUGAAAUCAUCGGUGGAGUAUAUAAAAUUAUUGAAGAACGAAUUGACGAGGAUGAAACAGAACGAGCUGAGGCAUAAACAAUUAGAGCAUCAAAAUCGUCGUUUACUAUUACGCGUUCAGGAAUUGGAACUUCAAGCGAAGGCUCAUGGACUUCCGGUAUCCGAUUUUAAUUGGGCAUCGACUUCCGGCAGCAUACUAAACACCUUUCCGAGGAGUAAGCUCGAGCAACGAAAGGUACACAUUCCAGAUCUCGUAGCGGAGGAAACGACAACGCCAUUGAGUAUGUCUCAAUUCGAGGAUCUCAUGGAGGACGACACGAGUGGUCCAGUUCAUGGUGGUGAUCCGAUGUUGUCGUCACCACAUUUACCACCAUUGAGUCCACCAGCAGCAGCUUGUCAUCAUGGUUUACCAGACGAAGACACGUUAGGUAGUUUGACGGCAACCACUUCGAAUUCUUCAUCGGACAUGGACAUAGUCGCGUAGCCAAGAAGAAAUGCCACCACGUUAUCCUUUCGAUCUCAAGCUCGUAUUCGUUUCAACGUCCUCUCGUUUUCAUCGAUGGAUGAACAUCGAAACGUUCGUCCUCCUCCUCGUCCUUUUCCUCGUCCUCCUCUUCGUCCACCUCCUCCUCCUCCUCCACCUCCACCUCCACCUCCACCUCCUCUUCUUUCACAUCCUCGUCCUGGUCCUCAUCCUCGUCGCCUUCUUAUCGGAUUCCAAUGUCGUUCAUGUGACGAUCAGAGAAAAAAGUUUCAAGAGAGAAACGAGAUGAGAAAAAGAAGAAGAAGAAGAAGAAGAAGAAGAAAAAGAAAGGAAAAAAGGAUUUGUCGUUGGUUCGUACGAGCCCAAAAUAAUAGAACGAAGAAAAGGAACAGGGGAAAGGGGGAGAAAAGAGAAAAGAAAAAGAACAAUGAAG